UACCCUAUCCGCUACGUCUUCCAGCUCCGCACCGUACAGACAAGAGAAGGACUUGCAGGGCCCUCCGAACGCUCAACCUCCGACCAUUACUACCCAAUUGCCCCGACGGCCGCUCGUCAGCAACAGGUCACACCGUGUUUCCGCCGCACAUCCCGGCCCAGCCCAGUGCGACAAUCAAACACAAACUUACCUCGCCCAGCGCAAACCCGGGCCGGACUCGCAUUAGAGGGACACACUGGACGGUGGGCCCCCACUCCACCGCCUGGCCUACCUUACACCACUUUACCACGAGACGCCCUUUUCCCCACAACAUCCCCAGACCGAGCUUUCACCUCCUCCCCUUUAGUCGCCAUCUCCGCCGUCGUCGCCGUCGUCGUUGUCGUCGUCGUCGUCGUUUGGUCUUGCACAACACAUCUUCCAUCCAUUAUCACUGUUGCUGGCCAAGGUAUGACGACUGCUGGUGCCGCUAUCGGUGCCAGCCCUAUGCCAGCCGUUCCGGGAAUGUCCCCCACCGGCGAAUUCAACGAGUUCUUGGAAUACGACGAGAACAACCCGUUCGGUGACUCGAGUCCCUUGCCGACAAAUUUCGACCUAAACGCCCACGACACCCUUAAAUUAUCCGAUUUCCCACAAUCCCUUCACGAAGCAAAGUCGCUCGAACCCCAGGCCACCCUGCUGGCCACCGGCACAGUAGCCGCUGGCUCGCCCGACUCCCUCAUCGACUCGUUCCGAGAUUCUUCAUCCGACUCUGCGUCCUCGAAAAGGACAGCCAGCUCCGCCUCAGGGAAGACCGCCGACGUAAUGAUGACCGAUGGAGCCGACGUCAAGCACGACUGGGGCGCCUCGGCCUUUGUUGGUCGUCCAGAAGACAAUAUCUUCAUGUUCGGCGCAAAUGCCGACGCGACGCUCCCCGACGGCCUCGACUUGAACGAUGACAAAUUUAUGGAUGAGUCGUUUGACUUUGAGAGUGCGUCGAGUAGUCCUAACGCAGCUGGCGCGAUGAGCAUGGAAUCACCAGAAAUGCCAACCAUCCACACGAAUGGACCGCCAAAGACGAUCGCUCCGGGCAAUCCCAGAACCGCAAACCACGGCAAGCGGAACUCACAAUACUCCAUAUCGCAACCUAUGAAUGGAUUGAAGAUGACCAAUUCGAGAGAAUGCUCUCCAAUGUCCCAGAACAUGAUAACCAGCCACGAGGCAUCCCCAUCAGCCUUCUUCAACAGCUCACCCUCACCUGGCGCACCAGACUUCAAUGCCGCCGCAAUGGGUGCCAUGAAUCCCCAAGGCUUCUGGCCAGGCAAGCUGGAUCCCGCGACGCACCAGAUGGUGGCCAACAUGCCCAUGCCACAGCAAUAUCACCAACACGAUGGUCUCCCGGUGUCGAUGGCCCAGCAGAUGCCAAUUUUCACUCAGCCGAAUUUCGAUUUCCUCGGCCGUGGCUGUCGGUUGACGAUUCACCCGACACCCUCCAAGUCACGCGUUGAGACGCAAAUUCCCAUCAAAUUGACGCUUUUCCCGCUACCGCCUGGUAUCAAGCGCCUGCACCUGCCAGUGCACACCAUCUCGAAGCCAAAGCUACUAGCGAAGCCACCAGCCGAACGGACACCCGACAUGCUGGAACUGUACACCAUGCUCGUCUGCACUAGUGCGAUGCAAAACGAGGACAACAAGCGCAAGGCCUUCCAGCGUGCCGCAGCCGCCACUCACAGCCCCGUCAUGAACGCCCGAUCUGUCAGCGACGAGGAUGACGAGGAGAACAAGCCGCAAAACGGAGGCGAAGUGCGCAUCUGCGCCGGCUGUAUUACCCGUGAGCGUAAACGGGCUGCAAGGAAGAAGAUCAAGAAGGUCGAGGAGGAGGAGAUGUGGAAUCGCGAUGAGACCAGACGGGUGAUUGUCUUCAACACACAAGAAGUGAAGGAAUGGCAGACACCCAACGGCGUCGUAUCAGACUCUACAGUGACAGGGCGGCCGGAGCCAGUGGCUCCCCCUGGUGCCAUGCAAGUCGAUGCACCUAUGAGAAUCGCUUGCUACUGCAGGCACCAUGCCGAGAAGCUGGGAUUCCAGGUCAUCUUCACCAUCAAGGACUGGCAAGAUCGGGUUGUGGCACAGGAGAUGUCUCAAUCCAUCAUGAUCACUGACGAUCACAAGACGCACCCGAUUCCACAGCAGCUGAAUCCACCUGCAGCCCAAGCCCCUGAUACCAACAGCAGCAAUUUGGUACCCGUGAUGAACGCUCCGAUGGAAUCCAGUCCGCUCAGCUCCGGUGGAACACCUUUCCGACUGUCCCAUUCUAGCUCGGACUUACAAAACAUGCAUCGCAACUCCGCCCCUCAAUUCGCUGUUGCAAACACAACGACUAAAGCGCCAGCCCCCCCGGCUCCGACCACCACCCCUCGUUCAUUAUCGCGACCGCAGUCUCCGAAUGCGCAUGGCGGGCCUCAGACGAAGAAGCGCAAGGCCAGCACUGGAUCUAGGGUACCGAUAGGAAUGGCAAUGACGCGCCUAGACACAACGCCCCCUCCUACCCAGAUGCCCAAUUCAGUACCCGCGGCUGCCUCUGCAUCGACAUCACCAUUUACGCCCAACCUGACCAGCUUCCAGACCCCUCCUGACGCUGUAUUCGUUCAGAACGGUGGCCCGCCGCCCAUGCCUCAAGCAUACGCCACCGGCCCGCCGACGCCCAACAGCAACGACCAGACGCUGUUUACCAAUGCCAACCGCUCGGCUAGCAUGGAUAAUGUUGCGAUGCCGAUGUUCUCGGCACCCGCGUCGGCACACCAGAGCCGCGCAGCAAGCCCCAGUGGACUGCGUAACGGCGUGAACGCGGUGUCACAAAACCAGUUCAACGCGAUGUCCUACAUGCCAACGAACGCCAUCGCUCCAGCGAGACCACAGCCGACUAUCCACAAGAUCAUUCCGAACGAAGGUCCAAAGUCCGGUGGCAUCGAGGUUACCAUCCUCGGAGCCAGCUUCUACCAGGGUCUCGAGGUUUUGUUUGGCGACCAGAAGGCCACCACAACUACAUUCUGGGGCGAAUCAUCCCUGGUCUGUCUUCUGCCUCCCUCGCCUGUCUCUGGACCUGUCCUUGUUACUUUCAAGCAAAGCCAAACGCAAGCCGGACCGCCGUUCCCCGCUUUAUCUAAACAAAACCAAAUGUUCAAGUAUGUCGACGAUGACGAAGAGAAGCUCAUUCGCACAGCCCUUUCGAUCCUGGGUCACAAAAUGUCUGGACAGAUGGUUGAUGUUAAAGAGCUUGCUCAACGCAUUAUCGGCCAGGGUGAUUCAAGUUGGGGAGCUUCUGGCCCCUCAGGUAACGUCGGCGGCUUUGGCGGAAGUACCUUCAACAUGAGCACCGAGUCGCAACUUUUGAAGUGCUUGGAGCUUAUCGACCUCGACGACAACCCUAGGAUGUCCAGGCUGGAUUUGAGAAGAUCCACUGGCCAAACGAUGUUGCACAUGGGAUGUGCCUUGGGAUAUCACCGCUUCAUUGCUGGAUUGUUGGCGCGCGGUGCUAAUCCAGACUUGCGGGAUAAGGGUGGCUUCACUCCUAUGCAUCUAGCAGCAAUGAAUGACCAUGAGUCAAUCGUGCGCAGAUUGAUGCAAGCAGGCGCUGAUCCCACGAUCCGAAGUCUGUCGGGACUUCGCCCCGCUGACGUUGCCCGCUCACGCAAGGUCAUUGAUCAUAUCCGUCGCUGCGAACGUCACAUUCGCUCUAGGAGUGGUGGCUCAUUGCACAGCAGAGCAAGCAGUGCCGCGUCCCUGAGAUCGCUAUGGGAUCCGCUGGGCAUGUCCAGUGAGUCGGAGUCGGCAGAUGACGGCGAAGAGAGCGCCGAGUACUCAUCGGGAGAUUACGAGGACGACGAACAGGAAGAGGAAGACACGUGGCUGAAUAUGCGCCGCCGAUCAAGCAGUCAUGCCUUCACCCCACGUCCCGAUAGACAGAGCAUCCUCCAACGUGGCCAAGACGAGAUUCAACCAGGACUUGCGUCGCCCACCACAGCUAUUGCCUCGGCCGUCAGGGACCAAUUCUCUGCCCAAAUUCAGCAGUUCCAGCAAGCCAUGGCAGUGCACUUCCCUAACCUUCCGCAAAUGCCUGCCCUACCUAGGAUGCCAAUGCUCCCCGACUACCAUGCCUACCUUCAGCAGAACCCUCUCAUGGGCAGGGUUACUUCGCUUAUGCCUGGCAUGUCCGGCUCAAGGCCUGGUUCGGCAGACGAGGAGACACCCAGGCCGAUGGACGGAAGGUGGUGGGAUCUGUCAUCGUUCAGGAACACCAAUAACAACUCGGCACCGCCGCCGGCCUAUGAUGAAAUUUUCCCACAAGACGAACUUGACAAGAAGCAGGCUGCCGCUCUUGGGGCUGCUGCUGAGGCUGCCGCCGACAUGAAGUGUGCAAGCAUUUACGACACCCAGACGACUGAGGUAGCGGAAGCAUCGUCAAGCACGGCACCCGUGCCAAGCGUACUCAGAAUUGGGCGGAAGAGUGCCAUCACAAAGGAACAGCAACAAAACUUCCUACGGGCUCAUGAGGCCAAGUUCAAGGGCAUGCGCAGCGACAAGAACCUUUGGUUCAUUUGGAUUCCCCUUCUUACAUGUAUUCUGGCUGCUAUGUUGUACAGCCGUUAUCCUCACUACUUUGCCGCGGCCCGGUCCAUGCUUGGAUCUAUUGCCAAGGUCGACGACCAGGUUCCGGAGAUUGUAAGGAACGUUCAGGACCGUGUGGUUGAGGUCCUUUAG